AGAUGUCGAAGGCUUCUGGGUCUGAAGAUGAGCCAUUGGUUCCAGAUGAUUUCGAUGAUGAUUUCUACAAGGAAUUGUGCGACAAAAUCCCUGAGGCUACCAAAGCUCUACGGCAAAAAGACACUCCCAACAAUGCGGACAAUGUCCAGAGGUUGGUCAUUUGUGGCAGUCGCUAUAAAAGCGAUCUGCGAUUGGAAAAGGAGCGGUCUCAGGAAUUGCGAAAGGAGAUUGAAAGCCUCGAAGAGCGUUUGGAGAAUGCGGCUCGGGUGACCAAAAUGGACAUGGCCACAAUUGAGGAGCUUCGCGGGGUCAUAGAGGGAGCUUGGAAGCAGAAGGAUGCUGCUCAAAUUCGUGAACAAUCCGCCCAGGAUGAGGUGUUAAGUCUCCGGGAGAAACUAGAUGAAUCGGAGCAAAUGGUGGCCCAUCUUAAUGAGAAACGACUGGCCAUGAGCAAACGAGACGAUGGCAAGGAGCGGGAACGUCUCAACGCCGAGAUCGCUGACCUCAAUAAGCGGUUGCAAUUGCAGAGGACCUAUGCAACGGAAUUGGACAGCACCAUUGAGGGAUUAGAAGCCAAGAACAAGGAGUUACUUAAGCUACUGGAUGAAACCUCCAGCGAUGCAAUUAACUUGAAACGAAAGAGCGAUACUUUAUCUAAGGAACUUUCAACUAUGAAGACUGAAGAGUCCCGCUACCAGGAGCAAAUAUCCCAGAUGAAGUCCGCCAACGAGCACCUGACCAAAGUGAAAGUGCGUCAGAACCUACAGAUUCUGUCCUUAAAGACGAACCUGGAGCACCUAAAUACCCAACAUAACGCCACAAACAAUAAGUUGGCCAAGAUCACAGUAGAUCUGGAGUACACAGUGCAAGAAAGAGAUAAAAAUAAGCGGGCCCUUAACCAGCGCAUUAAUCUUCUGAAGGUGCGCGAAGAUGAAUUGAUUAAGGUACGUCAGGACAAUGGAAAACUGGCCAAGUCCCAGGAGACGAUCGCUCGGAAGUACGCGGGAUUAGAUGAAUCCAAACGAGAGGUGGAAACGCAGAACAUAAGACUAAAAACUCAGCUGGGCACCCAAGACAAGGAGCUGGAGUCCAUGCGUCGGGUGGUUCACCAUUUCGAGAAGAACAACGAGAACCUAACGAAGGAGCGAGAUUCUCUGAGGCGGGAUCUGCAGGCUGAGCACCAACAGCUUGAGCAGAGCAAUGCACUGCACCAAGAGGCUCAACACGAAGUGCGUGCCCUCAAGGAUACAAUUAGCACUAUGGAUACCAAGCUAAAGAAACUUAAUGAAGAUGCAAAUAAGCUGAAGAAGGAGAAAACCAAAAAGCUCGACGAGAUUCAGCACUGGAUAGACAAGUUGGAUGCGAUGCAGAAUGAGAUGCACUUGAAGGAGAACUAUGAGAUCGAACUUAAACGCACUAUCAGCGACUUAGAAGCAAAAUGCUCCAAAUUCCAGCAGCAGCAUGAUGUCCUUGCUGCUGAACGUCAUACCCUUCAACGUAGUGUCCAGGUGGCCGAUGAAGAGCGGCAAAAGCUUCGGGAUCAGCUGGUGAAUCUACAAGCGCUCAUUGAAAAACUUAAAGCAAAAAUCGGAUACAGAGAUGCUGAGUUGUCCAAACUGCAAUUGCAGAUCGACCGCAUGGAGAAAGAGCGUCGCCUGCUGCGCAAUGACAUCCGGCAUGCGCAAUUGGGUCAGCAACACACAAAAGCAGAAUUGCUGGACAAGCGCAAGGAGAACGAUCGGCAUGCCAAGUCUCUUCAAGAGGACGAGCAGAAGUUGGCUCGCCUACGCAAAGAUGUGGACAACCUAAUGAACGAGAAGAACGCGAUCAGUUCGGCACUGACCAAACGCAACGAGGAAUAUGAGCGACUGAAGCACAGCCAGGAGAACCUCCAAACAGUGUACGAUCAAACCCAGAGGCAGUGCAGCCAGUGUCAGGAUGAUAUGCGAUUAAUGGGAGUGGAGAUUAAGAAUUUGCGAACGGAAAGGGAUGUAUUGCGGGCGGAUAGAGAGAGUGCGGCGGAUCUACGCCAGGAACUCCUACAAAUGCACCGCAUGCUUAACCAGGAGCGGAUCAAGGCCCGUGCCUUGCAGGACGAAAUGGUCACACCCAUGAAUGUACACCGCUGGCGUCUUCUCAGCGGCAAGGAUCCAGAGAAGAUGGAUUUACUCGGCCGAAUUAGUAUUCUGCGAAAACAGUUACUUCAGCAGAACGUAGCUGCCUUGGAGCAGGAAAGGGCCUUAAAUGAGGCUCAGCAACUAUAUUCGGCUUUAAGGGAGUUCAUGCUUAAGUUGCCUAGUCACAAAGUGCGGGCGGAGCUCAACAGCGUAAAGGCAAACUUAUCUGCCAAGGAUCGGAAACUGAAGGUCCUAAAAGCCGAGCUUAGUGCUAGGGAAGCAGACGAGAGGUCGAAAAAGGACAAGCUGGAGGAGAUGCGGGUCAACUUGGCGUUAACCAAAACCCAACUGCUAGAGGAAAAGAAGCACAAGCAGAAACUCCUCGAAGAGAGGCAGUUGCUAGAGCAAAUGCACUGCUACUCGGCACCUGCCCAACUGCCAAGGACUCUGGGAGCAGGUUUCAAGAUGGUCAGUGGAUUACUCUAACUCUUAAUAAAUAAUUAAUUAUUUAUAUAAAAUGAUUUUUUUCUUUCUUUUAAUUAGUGAAAGUGUAAAAGA